CUGGGGGGGCGCGGCCCUAGCCGCGCUAGGGCUCUCGUUGCCGGGGCGCCGUCCAACGGGCGGGUACGUUGCUAGGGAGCGGUGGGCCAAUGGGCGUGCGCGUUGUUGUUGCUAAGCGGCGUGGCGGGCCGAGCCGGGCCGGGCCGGUGAGAUGAGCGGGGCCGCGGCGGCCCGGCAGCCAUGGAGAUCCGUUGCGGUGGGCUGCUCUUCAGCUCCCGCUUCGACUCGGGCAACCUGGCACACGUGGAGCAGGUAGAACCGCCCGGGGCGGGGGGCGGCGGCGGCGGCCCCGCGGCCUGGGGUGCCGCUCUCCCCGCCGCCGACUACGAGUUCAACGUCUGGACGCGGCCCGACUGCGCCCAGACCGAGUAUGAGAACGGCAACAGGUCCUGGUUCUACUUCAGCGUGCGGGGGGGGGCUCCGGGGAAGCUGAUCAAGCUGCACAUCCUGAACAUGAACAAGCAGAGCCGGCUGUACUCCCAGGGCAUGUCCCCCUUCGUGCGGACCCUGCCCGUGCGGCCCCGCUGGGAGCGCAUCCGCGAGCGGCCCAGCUUCGAGAUGGUGGAGACGCAGUUUGUGCUGUCCUUCGUGCACCGCUUCCUGGAGCACCGAGGUGCCACCACCUACUUUGCCUUCUGCUACCCUUUCUCCUACACAGAGUGCCAGGAGAUGCUGGCGCAGCUGGACGGCCGCUUCCAGGAGUGCAGGCACAUGUCUCCCAGCAGCCCCCUCGACUCUGUCUAUUACCACCGGGAGCUGCUCUGCCACUCCCUGGACAAGCUGCGAGUGGACCUGCUCACCGUCACCUCGUGCCACGGCAUGCUGGAGAAACGGGAGCCCCGGCUGGACAAACUCUUCCCAGACACGACCACUCCCCGGCCACGCCGCUUUGCAGGGAAGAGGGUGUUUUUCCUGAGCAGCAGAGUCCACCCGGGGGAAACACCCUCCAGCUUUGUCUUCAAUGGCUUUCUGGACUUCAUCCUGCGGGAGGAGGACCCCCGUGCCCAGAUGCUGCGGCGGAUGUUCGUCUUUAAGCUCAUUCCUAUGCUGAACCCUGACGGGGUGGUGCGGGGCCACUAUCGAACUGACUCCCGUGGGGUAAAUCUGAACCGCCAGUAUCUCAACCCCGACGCUGAGCUGCACCCCGCAGUGUAUGGGGCCAAAGCUGUCCUCCUCUACCAUCACAUUCACAGCCGCGUCCUGCCAGGCUCUCCUGACUGGAGGACAUACAUCUCCCCGCUCAGCACCAGCUCGUUAAGCACAAAAUCUUCCAACCAUUCCGUCUGCAGCAGCACCCCGUCCCCGGAGGCAGCCCUGUCGGAGCUGGAGAAAGCCAAUAACCUCCGCAACUCACCCAGCACCUGGCGUGCCAGCACAUACUUCAGCCCUUCUCAGGAACCCCGGCUCUCGGGAGCGCCUGCCACCGAGCUGGGCGGCAAGGACCAAGCUGUCUGGAUCCUCCCUUCAAGCCACACCGUGGAGCACUGUGAGGAGGAAGCCAGGAGGCCUCCACCAGCACCUCUCCCCGAAACCAUCCUGCCCCAGGACAGUGGGCUGGCCUACUACAUCGAUCUCCACGGGCACGCCUCCAAGCGCGGCUGCUUCAUGUACGGCAACAGUUUCAGUGAUGAAAACGAUCAGGUGGAGAACAUGCUGUUCCCCAAACUCAUCUCCCUGAACUCACCUCACUUUGACUUCACGGGCUGUAACUUCUCGGAGAAGAACAUGUACGCCAAAGACAAACGGGACGGGCAGUCGAAGGAGGGCAGUGGGCGAGUGGCCAUCUACAAAGCCUUGGGGAUCAUCCACAGCUACACACUGGAGUGCAACUACAACACAGGGCGCUCGGUGAACAGCAUCCCCGUGGCCUGCCACGACAACGGGAGGGCCAGCCCGCCGCCCCCUCCUGCCUUCCCCUCCAAAUACACCGUGGAGCUGUUUGAGCAGGUCGGGAGAGCCUUGGCUGUGGCAGCACUGGACAUGGCAGAGUGCAAUCCCUGGCCCCGGAUCGUCCUGUCAGAGCAUAGCUGCCUCAGCAACCUGCGAGCCUGGAUGCUGAAGCAUGUGCGGGGCAUGAAGGGCGCAGGCGGGGGCCCACGGAGGAGAGGAGGUGCCAGGACCCCCCCCAGGAGCUCCACCGGGCUUCCCACCUCAGCCUCCGAUAACGCCCUGUCCCGCAUGAGGAGCUUCAGCAAUGGCACCAGCGGGAGCGGCAGCAGCCAGCAGGACUCUCCGCAGAUCAAAGCCUCCCCCAGCUUCACCUUCAGCUGCAGCAGGCCCUCGGGUCCGGCCGCUGUGAGCCAGAGUCCUCAGAAAGGCAGCGCCAGAGCCCCGGCACCGGGCAGAGGGACCCUGCCGGUGGGUGCCCGGGCAGCGCCCAGCACCGGCACCAGCCAUGGAUCGCGGGAGGCCCAGCGCGGCGUGGGAGAGCCAGCGGCUACUCAUGGCACAGCACUGCUGCAGGCGCUGCCGAAGAAGCUGGACACCAGGAGAGCCCCAGAGCAGCCCAGCCUUGGGGGGCCUCCCCUGCGCCCCAGCAGGAUCCCUGUGCGGAGGAAGGGGGCAACGACCGGCCAGAGCCUGCUGGGGCUCCACGCUGACAGCACCGCAGCCCGCCGGGCCGGGAAGCACAGCCACGGCGGGCCCUGGGCCUUGCAGCCUCUGCCAGGGCUCUGCCAGGAGGCCCCCGCACCCCCCGGGGGGGUGCAGAGCACCGAGGGACUCUUCCUGUGCGGGGGCAAGGGCCUGCACCCCCAGUGCCCACCGGGCCCGGCCCGUGCCUCGCUCAGCUCCUACCGGCAGCUCCUCUCCUUCUGCGCUGAGGCCUGACCACAGCCACCAGCCACGGGCCC